AUGUUGAGAAUAUUUACAUUAAAAGGUAUUCCAAAAGAUAGAGUACAAAGUAUAAUUAAAAUACUCUCUAAGUUAUGUAAUUAUAAAAAUCCACAUAAUAUUAAGUUUUAUGAAGCAUCUUUUGAUUAAGAUAUGAAAUAUUUAGAGUAUUAGUAUAAAUAUUAUUGAUGAUUAGAAUAGUAAGUGAUUAUUUAGAUAGAUAAUAUGAAUAUCCUAUGAAUGAACAAGUAAUUUGGAAGAUAAUAUAAGAAGUAUCAAUAUUAUUUAUAUAGAUAUCAUGA